AAAGGAAGAAGAAGAAGAAGAAAAGUUGUGAGGGGAAAGAAGAAGAAGAAGAAGAGUCCCGGCCAUCGCAUGGGACUUCUCCUCGCGCCCCCCUCCCCAAACAUCCCCCACACGCCCACCGCCCCCAUUUUUGGGGCGAUUUUUGGGGGGAGGGAUGGUUUGAGGGGGGGUCGCUUUUGAGGGGAAGGAGGGAACGCGAGAGGCGGGGAAGGGGGGCCGCCGCCGCCGCCGCCCCCACCCCGCCCGUCGGCUCGGCUCCGGUGUUCCCCCACCCAUCGGCCACCCCCUCCUCCGGCACCACCACCACCACCAUGGCUUCCCCUCUGAGGGAGGACGAGGAAGAGGAGGAGGAGAUGGUGGUGUCCGAGCCGGAGGGGGAGGAAGACGAAGAAGAGGAGGAGGAGGAGGAAGAGGAGGAGGAGGAAGAAGACGACGACGACGAAGAAACCGCCGCCGCCGCCAGGAACGACAGCCCGGGCGACAUCUUCCCGCCCGUCGUCGCCGCCGCCGCCGCCUCAGCAGCAGCAGCAGCCGUCGUCGCCUCAGCGCAGGCGGAGGCUGCCCCGCUGACCCCCGCCGCCGCCGCCGCCUCCUCCUCCUCCUCCACGCCGGCCGCCGGAGGGACCCAGGCGCCGCCAGACGACGAAGAGGAGGAUUUGUGCAGCUUAGAGAGUCCCCUCGUUGUCAAGAAGAAGAAACGAGGGCCGAAAAAGCAGAAGGAGAACAAGCCGGGGAAACCCAGGAAGCGCAAAAAAUUAGUCAGCGAGGAUGAAUUUGAGUCCGACCGAGAGGAGUAUCGGGCCAAGUCGGAGAGUGGCGGCAGCGACUAUGGAGGCGUGGGGAAGAAGAAGCGGCGCAAACAUCGGGAGAAGAAAGAGAAGAAGACCAAGCGGCGGAAAAAGGCGGAAGAAGAUGGAAUGCAAAAGCCAAAGGUGGAGCAGAAGUCCUCAGCCCAGCUGCUCAUGACUUGGGGCCUGGAAGACGUGGACCAUGUUUUCACCGAGGAAGACUACCACACCUUGACAAACUACAAAGCCUUCAGCCAGUUUAUGAGGCCUCUCAUUGCCAAAAAGAACCCCAAGAUCCCCAUGUCCAAAAUGAUGACCAUUAUGGGAGCCAAGUGGCGGGAAUUCAGUGCCAACAACCCCUUCAAAGGAUCGACGGCUGCGGUGGCCGCUGCGGCCGCCGCCGCUGCGGCGGCCGUAGCUGAACAAGUCUCGGCUGCCGUGUCGGCCGUUAUCCCUUCGCCUGAGCCCCAACACCUGCUGCAGCCCCCGGCUCAGCCUCUUCCCAUCCGCAAAGCCAAAACCAAAGAGGGCAAAGGACCAGGCCACAAGAAGAGGAGCAAAAGCCCUCGCAUCCCCGAGAUGAAGAGGAAGGGGAAAGGGAAGAAGAUGGCGCCCCUGAAGAUCAAGCUAGGCGUGAUCGGCGGGAAGCGCAAAAAGAGCAGCUCACAUCUGUUUCAGAGCGAGGAGGUGGCGGAACCGGAAGAAGAAUCCGACUUGGAUAACUCCAGCGUUCACAGUUCUUCCGUGCGUUCGGACAGUUCAGGAAGGGUCAAGAAAGUCAAACGAGGUCGGCCUGGACGGAAGAAGAAAAAAGUUGCCGGUGAAGAAGAGGCAGACGGCUACGAGACCGACCACCAAGACUAUUGCGAGGUGUGUCAGCAGGGCGGGGAGAUCAUCCUCUGCGACUCCUGCCCCAGAGCUUAUCACCUGGUGUGCCUGGAUCCGGAGCUAGACAAGGCCCCCCAGGGCAAAUGGAGCUGCCCUCACUGUGAGAAAGAAGGGGUGCAGUGGGAGCCGAAGGAGGAGGAGGACGAAUACGAAGGCGAGCUGGACGAGAAGGAAGAGGAGGACGACCACAUGGAAUACUGUCGCGUCUGUAAGGACGGCGGGGAGCUCCUGUGCUGUGACGCCUGCAUCUCCUCCUAUCAUAUCCACUGCCUCAACCCGCCUCUCCCGGAGAUCCCCAACGGGGAGUGGCUUUGUCCCCGCUGCACGUGCCCCAUGCUCAAAGGCCGGGUCCAGAAGAUUCUCCACUGGCGAUGGGGCGAGCCCCCCACGCCGGUGGCCAUCCCUCCGCCUUCCGACGGCAACCCGGACGACCCGCCCCCCAAGUUGCUCCAGGGACGUUCGGAGCGCGAAUUCUUCGUCAAAUGGGUCGGCCUUUCUUACUGGCAUUGCUCCUGGAUCAAGGAAUUGCAGCUGGAGAUUUUCCACUUAGUGAUGUACAGGAAUUACCAGCGGAAGAACGACAUGGACGAGCCUCCCCCGUUUGACUACGGCUCCGGCGACGAUGAUGGGAAAAGCGAGAAAAGAAAGAGCAAGGAUCCUCUCUAUGCGGAGAUGGAAGAGAAGUACUACCGUUACGGCAUCAAGCCGGACUGGAUGACCAUCCAUCGGGUGAUAAACCACAGCAUUGACAAAAAGGGCAUCUACCACUAUCUGGUGAAGUGGCGGGACCUCUCCUACGACCAGUCCACCUGGGAAGAGGACGAAAUGGCCAUCCCUGAAUACGAGUACCACAAGCAGGCCUACUGGUCACACAGAGAACUAAUUAUGGGGGAAGAUCCUGCCCAGCCUAGGAAAUACAAGAAAAAAAAGAAGGAAUUGGCCUCGGACGACCCGCCGACUUCUCCCACCAACGACCCCACGGUGAAGUACGAGAGCCAGCCGCGUUUCGUCACGUCGACCGGGGGAACGCUGCACAUGUAUCAGCUGGAAGGCCUGAACUGGCUGCGCUUCUCCUGGGCGCAAAGUACGGACACCAUCCUGGCGGACGAAAUGGGCCUCGGGAAGACCAUCCAGACCAUCGUCUUCCUCUACUCGCUCUACAGGGAGGGCCACACCAAGGGGCCCUUCCUGGUCAGCGCCCCUCUGUCCACCAUCAUCAACUGGGAACGGGAGUUUCAGAUGUGGGCGCCGAAUUUCUACGUGGUGACCUACACGGGAGACAAAGACAGCCGUUCGAUCAUCCGAGAGAACGAAUUUUCCUUCGAGGACAACGCCAUCAAAGGCGGGAAGAAAGCCUUCAAAAUGAAGAGAGAAGCUCAGGUCAAGUUUCACGUCCUCCUGACUUCCUACGAGCUGGUCACCAUUGACCAGGCUGCCUUGGCCUCCAUCCGGUGGGCCUGCCUCGUGGUCGAUGAAGCUCACCGGCUCAAAAAUAACCAGUCCAAGUUCUUCAGGGUGCUCAACGGUUACAAGAUUGACCACAAGCUGCUUCUGACGGGGACGCCGUUACAAAACAACCUGGAGGAGCUCUUCCACCUGCUGAACUUCCUCACGCCGGAAAGAUUCAACAACCUGGAAGGAUUCCUGGAGGAAUUUGCGGACAUCUCCAAGGAGGAUCAAAUUAAGAAACUCCAUGACCUCCUGGGUCCUCACAUGUUACGUCGCCUCAAAGCCGACGUCUUUAAGAACAUGCCGGCCAAAACGGAGCUGAUCGUUCGGGUGGAGCUCAGCCCCAUGCAGAAGAAAUACUAUAAAUACAUCUUGACUCGCAACUUUGAAGCUCUGAACUCGCGCGGCGGCGGGAACCAGGUCUCUCUGCUCAACAUCAUGAUGGACUUGAAGAAAUGCUGCAACCACCCGUACCUCUUCCCCGUCGCUGCCAUGGAAUCCCCCAAGCUGCCAAGCGGUGCCUACGAAGGGGGGGCCCUCAUCAAGGCCUCUGGGAAACUGAUGCUACUACAGAAGAUGCUGAGGAAGCUGAAGGAGCAGGGCCACCGAGUGCUUAUCUUCUCCCAGAUGACCAAAAUGUUGGACCUGCUUGAGGACUUCCUCGACUACGAGGGCUACAAGUACGAACGGAUAGAUGGCGGCAUUACCGGAGCUUUGCGCCAAGAAGCCAUAGAUAGGUUUAACGCCCCAGGAGCCCAGCAGUUCUGCUUCCUGCUCUCGACGCGAGCUGGCGGCUUAGGGAUCAAUUUGGCCACCGCAGACACGGUGAUCAUUUUUGAUUCCGACUGGAAUCCCCACAACGAUAUCCAGGCCUUCAGCAGAGCUCAUCGGAUCGGCCAGGCGAACAAGGUGAUGAUCUACCGCUUCGUCACACGGGCCUCCGUGGAGGAACGGAUCACCCAGGUGGCCAAACGCAAAAUGAUGCUGACUCACCUGGUCGUCCGUCCAGGGCUGGGCUCCAAGUCGGGGAGCAUGUCCAAGCAGGAGCUGGACGACAUCCUCAAAUUUGGCACGGAGGAACUCUUCAAAGACGAAAACGAGGGCGAGAACAAGGAGGAAGACAGCAGCGUCAUCCACUACGAUAAUGAAGCCAUCGCCCGGCUCCUGGACCGUAACCAGGACGCCACCGAUGACGCCGACGUCCAGAACAUGAACGAAUACCUCAGCUCCUUCAAGGUGGCGCAGUACGUGGUUCGGGAAGAGGAUAAGAUUGAAGAAAUUGAACGGGAGAUUAUUAAGCAAGAAGAAAACGUCGAUCCCGAUUACUGGGAAAAGCUGCUGAGGCACCAUUACGAGCAGCAGCAGGAGGACCUGGCUCGCAACCUGGGCAAAGGGAAGCGGGUGCGAAAGCAGGUUAACUACAAUGACGCUGCCCAAGAGGACCAAGACAAUCAGUCUGAAUACUCCGUCGGCUCCGAAGAGGAAGAUGAAGAUUUUGACGAGCGGCCAGAAGGUCGCCGGCAGUCCAGGAGGCAGCUUCGGAAUGAGAAAGACAAACCUCUCCCCCCACUUCUGGCACGGGUUGGGGGCAACAUUGAGGUGCUGGGCUUCAACACCCGUCAGCGCAAGGCCUUCCUGAAUGCCGUCAUGCGCUGGGGGAUGCCGCCCCAAGACGCCUUCACCUCCCAGUGGCUGGUUCGGGACCUGCGUGGCAAGACGGAGAAGGAAUUUAAGGCCUACGUUUCUCUCUUCAUGAGGCACCUCUGCGAACCCGGGGCGGAUGGCUCGGAGACUUUUGCCGACGGCGUGCCGAGGGAGGGUCUCUCCAGACAGCAGGUCCUGACACGGAUAGGAGUCAUGUCCCUGGUUAAAAAAAAGGUACAAGAGUUUGAACAUAUUAACGGCCGCUGGAGCAUGCCCGAAUUGAUGCCCGACCCCAGCGCGGACUCCAAAAAAUCUUCCCGAGCCUCGUCUCCCACCAUCAAAACCUCCACUACCACUCCGGAACCAAGCUGCACCAACACGCCCUGCACCUCCAAACCAGCUACUCCAGCCCCCAGUGACAAAGGAGACGGGGGUACCUCGGCCGAAAAGGAGGAGUUGGAGACCAAGGAGGAGAAGCUGGAGAAGGAAACCAAAGGCGGGGAGAAAAUGGAGACCGAGCCUUCCGCGCCCGAACAGCCCCUUUCUGCCACCUUCGCAGGGGAUAAAAUGGAGCUGGAGCCUUCGAAAAAGCCGGAGGACGAGGGCCCGAUGGUGGCCAGGGAAAAGGAGUCGGAAGCUGAGCCGGUGGUCAAGGACGAAAAGGAGAAAUUGGAUGCUGAUUUGGAGAAGCUGGUGGUGGCGGAGGAAAAAUCCACGGAGAGCGAUGACAGCAAGGAGAAGGCGGAGGGAGAAAGUCAGGACCCCAAGAAAGGAGAUGUGAAAUCAGAGCGAGAGACGACCAAGGAAUCGAAAAUUGGCAGCCUCCGGGACGAGAACCGGAACAACGGGAAGAGGGAAGACCGGAUGGAGAAACCCCGGUUUAUGUUCAACAUUGCGGACGGUGGCUUCACAGAACUCCACACCCUCUGGCAGAACGAAGAGCGAGCUGCCAUCUCCUCCAGCAAGCUGAAUGAAAUUUGGCACCGCCGACAUGAUUACUGGUUGCUGGCGGGCAUUGUCCUACACGGCUACGCUCGCUGGCAGGACAUCCAGAACGACAACCAGUUUGCCAUCAUCAACGAGCCUUUUAAAAGCGAAGCCAACAAGGGGAACUUCUUGGAGAUGAAGAACAAGUUCCUGGCCCGAAGGUUCAAGCUCCUGGAACAAGCCUUGGUGAUCGAGGAGCAGCUCCGCCGGGCCGCCUACCUGAACAUGACGCAGGACCCGAGCCACCCGGCCAUGGCCCUCAACACCCGCUUUGCCGAGGUGGAGUGUCUGGCCGAGAGCCACCAGCACUUGUCCAAGGAGUCUCUGGCCGGCAACAAGCCCGCCAACGCCGUCCUGCACAAGGUGCUGAACCAGCUGGAGGAGCUGCUCAGCGACAUGAAGGCCGAUGUGACCCGCCUGCCGGCUACCCUUUCCCGCAUCCCUCCGAUCGCUGCCCGGCUCCAGAUGUCCGAGCGCAGCAUCCUGAGCCGCUUAGCAAGCAAGGGGAACGAAACCCAGACUGUUCCGGCCUUCCCUCCGGGACCCUACGCCACCCCACCUAGUUUUGGGGUCUCCUUUGGUGCCACCCCUGGCGGGGGUCUGCCCACCUUGGGGGCCAACUACAGCCAAAUGCCAACUGGCUCCUUCAUAACAGCCAACGGGCCCCCCGUGAUUGUGAAGAAGGAGAAGGAAGGCGAAGGCUUGGAGAAAAAAGAAGCCAAAAGCGGGGAGGUGAUUUGCAUAGAUGACUGAGGGCGGGCGGAUGGGCACACCUGCCCGCUGGGGCCCCCCCCCUUCUGCGCCAGCCCAGCCUCUGCCCCAGGGGCCCCGUGGGCCCUCCAGCCUCUCCUUUUUGAUUUCCGGAUUACGUGACUGGCUUUGGGGCCUGCUGGUGAUUCCUGCCUUGCCUCGGAUUCGAAUUCCUCCUCCCGAGCCCCUCCCCUUCCUGCUUGGGGUGUGUGUGGGGGGGGUGGCAGCGGCCAGCCGCGUCUGGAAAGCCAUCCCCAGCGGACUUAAAAGACUGACCAAGAGGUACUCAGGACCGAGCUGGUUUGUAUCCCCGGCUCGCGGUUCCGGGAUGGGGGCCAACUUAAAAGAGUUAGGAUCCAGGCCGUGUGGGGCUUGGACGGGGGAGGGGGGGCAGCCUGCUAUGGGGGGGGGAAUCUCUGCUGCCCCCCUCUCUGGUGUCGAAACUUUCGAGAAGCACUGCAAAGGGACUCUUAUAAAUAUGAAUAUAUAUAUAAUGUAUACACACUCAUGCUGUAUGUUUAAUCCCCCUUUUCCCCCUCUUUUGGGCCUGGCUCCCCGUGGGGCAGGGAGUGUGGGGGGGGGGAGUACGCAGAGACCCUCCUCCCCGACCAUGGUCUGUUUGGGGAAACCCCCUCCCCACCUCGAACUUGAGGGGAGCCUGCCCAGAUAAUGCCCCUGCUUUGGGAGGGCAGGCCCGUUUCUCCCCUUCGCCCACCCCUCCCCCUGUGAAAGCAAGCCGGUUUUUUUGGGGUGGGGGAAUUUGGGGGGGCGGGGAGUAAAAAGGCCAAGCUGCACUCCUGGACGGGUUGCCGAAUUUUGAGUCACUUCUUGUUUAAAUCUUGCAGAAUAAAGGCACUGUUUCCUUGGCUACAUAA